UUCAGCAGUAGUUUAAUAUGCAGGGACUCCAUGAUGACAGUGCUGACCUGCAUGGCCCAAGCUAGCCCCAACUCGUCAGACAUCAGAAGUGAAGUAGGGUCAGCAUUGUACUUGGACAGAAGGCCAAGUAAGUCCUGGGCACCCGUAGAGGCAGGCAAUGGCAAACGCAUCUUUGGAUGUCUAUUGCCUUGCAAACACUUCAAGGUAGGGUUGUCAGAGCCCCCUCUCCCCCCCUCCCAGCAAGAGAUGGAAGGAACCUAGAGAUUUGAGGGUGGAACCUGGGGAGAACAGGGACCUCAAUGGGGCACAAUGCCACUGCCAUAGCGUCCGCACUCCAAAGUGUCCAUUUUCUCCAGCUCUUAGUAUUCUGGAGAUGAGAUGCAAUUCCAGGAGAUACCCAAGUGAGGUCCCACCUGGAGGCUGGUAUCCUUGCUAUAGAGUCGCCACUCCAGAAGCGACUUGAGGCACUUUCUUCCAUCACCAACUCAUAACGGCGAACACGCGCAGCUGAAAACAAGGAUAAGUGACGUGUACUAUUUCAUCCAUCAACUCCACGCCGAGUCUUGGCCAUUCCCAGUGAGCCUGUGCUCCGAAAGCAUUCAGCUGGAGCACUCUCUCAUUUGGUGGCCAGCUAUGCCCCGCCUAAGGGCGAAUUUGGGAGGCAACGCUCAGUUCGUUUCAAUCAUUCCCCAAAGAUCUCCAUUUCCGCUGGGCGGGCGCAUCUGGUAAUACCGAAGCUCCACCUUCCUUUUCACGGCUGGUGAAUCGAUGUUUUCGGCUGGCCGAAGCAGGCCUUGCUCCUUUCUCCCGAGGCUUGAUGAGCACGGCCUGGCGGCGCUGUUGCCGCGCUGUCGCUUCGAGGUCAGGCCGGUGGGAGCGUGUGUGUUGUUCAGCGGCCUGGCGGCCGUGUUGACGUCUUCUGUCUCCUCUUGACUCCCAAAGCUUCCGCGGUUUCUGUUGGCGGAGGCAGGUGAUACCGGCAAGAGGCUUGUUUUUGCUCGCUGCGCCGCUGAGGUCGGUGCCUCAGUCGCCAUGAGCACCGAAGAGGAGAUCAUUCGCAUCGCUAAGAAAAUGGACAAGAUGGUGCAAAAGAAGAACGCGGCUGGGGCUCUUGAUUUACUCAAAGAACUGAAGAACAUGCCUAUGACACUGGAGUUGUUACAGUCUACAAGAAUUGGAAUGUCAGUGAAUGCAAUACGCAAGCAAAGCACAGAUGAAGAAGUUACAUCUUUGGCAAAAUCACUUAUUAAAUCAUGGAAGAAGUUAUUAGAUGGACCAUCAAAUGAUAAAGAUUCUGAAGAAAAGAAAAAGGAAAUAGCAUCUUCAUCACAAAAUAGUCCCGAAGCAAGAGAAGAAAGCAGUUCCAGUAGUAACUCAAGCAGCAAGAGAGAAGAAGCCAAUGCUUCCUCAGAAACCUUUAUAUCUUCAUUUCCUCGGGCUCCAAGUACAUCUGAUUCUGUACGAAUGAAAUGCAGAGAAAUGUUGGCUGCAGCUCUUAGAACAGGAGAUGAUUAUAUUGCAAUUGGUGCUGAUGAGGAGGAGCUAGGUUCUCAGAUUGAAGAAGCUAUAUUUCAGGAGCUAAAAAACACUGACAUGAAAUACAAAAACAGGGUGCGCAGCAGGAUAGCAAAUCUUAAGGACACAAAGAACCCUAAUCUAAGGAAAAAUGUUUUAUGUGGCAAUAUACCUCCUGACAGGUUUGCCAAAAUGACAGCUGAGGAAAUGGCAAGUGAUGAACUAAAAGAAAUGCGGAAAAACCUAACGAAAGAAGCCAUAAGAGAGCAUCAGAUGGCUAAAACAGGAGGCACCCAGACUGAUCUGUUUACAUGCGGUAAAUGUAAAAAGAAGAACUGCACUUAUACACAGGUUCAAACCCGAAGUGCUGAUGAGCCUAUGACAACAUUUGUUGUGUGUAAUGAAUGUGGAAACAGAUGGAAGUUCUGCUAGAUGAAGAAAUUGUUGGCAUCUGAAUCAGUAUGAAAAGAGGAUUUUAUAAUUAGCUUUAAGAACUAGGUCAAGCAUCUAGUUUCCUGCAAAAGGCUUUUCUUCCCGCUUCUUUUAAGCAAACGUCUUUAAAGUUAGAUUUUGUUUUUGAUGCUGCCGUCUCUGUAGUGAAUAGUCAGCAGAGCCAGGAUGCUCAAUUGUAUGGUGUAAUUUCAAAGAAAAGGUGGUUUUUUCAUUUUUAUAAUCAAGUCUACAUUAAACUUUUAUCAAUGACA